AUGCUGACUGGAAAGGACGGACUCGAAAAUACAUCUCAAGUUCAAGAGAUCGGCCAACAUAUUCUCGUACAGACUCAUCUCUUGAAAAAACCAGUGUGGCGCUGUCAAGACUCUCGAUUUAUCCUUGUUAUAGAAAAUAUUUGUGCUGCUCCUCUCCCGGCGUCCAAUGGUCCUCUAAAAGUUUACAAGAACCAAAACGCCAACAAUGUCGGUAUACACUCUACCACGAUUCUCAACAGUGAACAUUUACGAAGAAGCCAAGUUCCUGCUGACCCAAAUGCUAUCAAUGCAUCUGUUGCUCGAACGCUUAAACUAAUGGGGACGCUGAAACUCGGCUCGAAGAACACAUUGGUGGGCAAGAACUCUGAAGUGGUCAAGCAGAAUAUCGAGUAA